AUGGAGCUGAGCCUUGACACUGAUGCAACCUCCAUACUGGACCAGCAUACAGCACAACUUACAGCUUACAGACAUGAGCCUUAUAGCAGCUCAGAAACAGCACGUGCCAUUUGGCAAUGUCAAAAGGUGUGCUAUGGUGACCUCAAGCAUUCUUGUUACAAGUUAGCUUAUUUCCAGGACUUGUCUAGACGUGUGGGCUUUCAGGAGGCCCGCCAAGCUUGUGAAAUUGAUGGUGGAGCUUUACUGAGCCUGGAAAGUGAAGCUGAGCAGCAACUAAUAGAAAACAUGUUGCAAAACCUCACUAAAUCAGGCUCCGGGAUUUCUGAUGGUGAUUUCUGGAUUGGGUUGUGGAGAAGUGGUGAUGGACUAGCCACCUCAAGUGCUUGCCCUGACCUCUACCAGUGGGCUGAUGGAAGUAUUUCACCAUUCAGAAAUUGGUAUACAGAUGAGCCUUCCUGUGGAAGUGAAGCCUGUGUUGUGAUGUAUCAUCAGCCAACGGCAAACCCUGGUCUGGGAGGGCCAUACCUUUAUCAAUGGAAUGAUGACAGAUGCAACAUGAAGCACAAUUUUAUCUGCAAGUAUGGCCCAGAUAAUGUCUUAGAAAAAGAAUUAGGAGACAGAGUGGAGCCAGAUUACGGUAUUUUUCCAACGGUGCCAGCAGGAAAUCCUUACGACACAAGUAAACCAGAAGAUCAGUAUCAUGUUAUUGCUACUGAAACAGGUAUAAUUCCAAAUCUAAUUUACGUUGUAAUACCCACUAUACCACUACUGCUGUUGAUACUGGUGGCUUUUGGGACUUGCUGUUUCCAGAUGCUUCAUAAAAGUAAAGGAAGAACAAAAACCAGUCCAAACCAGUCCACACUAUGGAUUUCAAAGACGCCUAGGAAGGACAGUAGCAUGGAGGUAUAAUGAUUUACUGACUGAAAACAGCAAAAACAACAUUUUGCAGUCAGGCUGUAUUACAAUGUCAUCAAAGAACAUUAGCUUGGAAUGGCUUGAAAAUGCAAAGGAUCUACAAGAAUGAACUGUAAGCUCCCCCUUGAGGCAAAUGUUCAGAUCAUUUUUAUAUAAAGUUUGAUUAUUAAUUCAGUAACAAAAUAUGCCAUGCUAAAUAAAGGGUAUGUGUUUAUUUUGCUAAGAGAUGUAAGUUAGCUAGUUAUGAGCAAUGAAAUGAACAGAGCAUUUGAAGUUUUUAUGGGGAAAUACCUACAAUGUAUAUCAGUUUUAAGAUUGUUUGUAGUUAAACAAACCCUCUUUGUUUCCUUUAGUCUCUCAUGCAUUGUAAUGUAGUUGAUGUACUGUAAAUGGAACUGACAGUUUUACAGUGUAACAAUUAUUUAUCUUUGCAUAAAUGUUUGAUAC